AUUCACACCUCGCCUUGAUCUAUGAACAGAAACUUCGAGCAGCAAGCUACCUGUUUAUAAAGGCUUCCAACUCAGAAUGCCACCCGGAUAUAUCUCCCGUUCAACUCGUCAAUCCAUCCAACACCAUGGCGAUGCAGGCACUGGCCGACGUCCUCGCAAACGCGACCGACACAGAAUCCCACGAAGCCCCCGAACAGACGGUGACCAACUUACAACCAAAUUCCCAACCAGCACCCAACCCCAGAGAAUGCUUCGUCGGCGAGAUAGUCAUCGUCGGGAGCAGCAGCACGUACAGCACCGAAGUCGUCGUCAAGGAUAAAGAAGACACCGACCUGCGCGUCGGCUUCGCAUUCCCGCCUGACGGAUACGGCUAUGAAGGUGUACCGACAGAAUUCCUGAAACGGGGAUUAACGAUGCUGAUUCUCUAUCCAUCUCGGACGCAAUUGGACGGAGGGGGAGACUUGAUUGUCGUUCACAAUCCGAAGCAUAUCAAGAUCCUACCUUUUAGAAUGCCCUUCUACCUACGGCUCUGCGAGAGAGUCACCGAGUUUAGAUCUGUCGUUGGCAGACAGCGUAUCUGCUUUGGAUGCGAGACACGGAAAUACGGGC